CAUUGGUCAGAUCUUAAAGGGAAACAUUGUAGCCACUCCAAGGAGAUCCCAUUGAUUAAACAUUUAGCUCAAUUGUUGCAAUCACAGCACUGGAUCGUCGUCAUCAUCAUCAUCAUCAGGAACAUCAACCAUGUCUAAUGCAAGGCAGAGGAACAAGGGCAGCUCUCCAGACUCCAGCUCCCAGGCAGCUGCAAGUGAUGUGGCAAGAAAGGGCAACAAACCCAAGGGGUCACCAGCUUCUGGGGCAGGAUCUGGGGCAUUUUGGAAACUUCUGACCUUUCUCUUCUAUGCAUCCCUGGUUGCAGUCUCUGCCUGCCUUGGGCUCCUUGUGUAUAAUCUGCUGUCAGAAGUUGCCCAGAUGAACAGCAAAUUACAUCACUUAUCAGAGCAAAAGGGGGAGCUGGCUGAGACGGUGGACACUCUGCAAAAACAGGUGGAGUUGCUUCAGAAAACGGUUGGGCGCGUGGAAUUCAUCUCAAAAGACAUUCAAGAAAAGCAGCUACUGCAAGAUUCGUCCAUCAAAAAAAGCGAAAAGGAAUUGGACCAAGUCGGGGUGAUUCUUAAAAAACUCCAGAAAGACCUGUCUAGUGUCAUUCAGGACGUGACCGCGCAAGGAGACAGAGAUUUAAUACAAUUUGAAAACACGAUGAGUGAAAAGUUUACAGAGCUGAACAAUUCCAUUAAUGAGAACAUCGCUGAAAUAUCCAAGGUGCAGAAAUCCAGCCAGGAUGAGAUUAAAAACGUGAAAGCUAAACUAGCGUCGUUAGGAGAGUUCGAUUACGUCAAGGAGGACCUUAAAUUACUAAAAGAAACAACAUCCGAGUUGAAAACAUCUUUGAAAUCCAAAGAAGAAUCCGUUGAGUGGUUGAUGAACAACGCGUUAAACGGAGAGUCCGUUACGUCCAACAGCAACGACAUCGAACAGCUCAAAGUUUCACACAAUGACUUAAAGAGAGGCCUAGAGGCCCAGGUAACCGCAGUAGAAGACUUGAAAGACAAGGUCUCGAGAAGCGAAGAAUCCAACGUGAAGAACGAGCUAGAGAGGCUUAUCAAAGAAUUUGACCAAAUCUCUCUGUCCGUCUCAGAAAUGGAAAAUAAUUAUGUCUCCGCUAACAACGACCUGCUCAAGGAAAUCGAAAGUAACAAAGACAGCAUCGAAUCCAAAUUAAGCCCUCUGGAAAAUAUUGUAGAGUCACUGACUGGCCAAGUCACUCAACAGCUGGAGAAGGUCGAGGCCUUUAAAGCCAGCUUUGACGAAUACAGCAGGAGGUUGAACGCUGUAGAAGAAGCAUAUACCGGACUCAAAGCGUUAUCAAGCUCCGGAGGCGAACCGGCUGCCGAAGCCUUGUCGGCGUUAGAGGAAGGUCAACAAGCUCUGUCCCAUCGCGUUGACGAAUUAAAGUCUUCUGUGGCAGAACUUCCCAAUGUGGCAUCUGAGUUUGAGAAGCUCCAAGUGGACCUCACCAGUGUACUAGAAGCGCACAGGAAUCAGAUAGAAGAGUUGAAGGACGAUUAUGACCAGUGGAAGGUCAACACCGAACAAACUCUAAAUGAAAUUGGCUCCUCCGACCGCGCGGGACAAGUACCCAACGAUGGGCUGCAGUCCUCCGUUAGCCAACUGGAGACGGAUUUGAAGAUGCUCAGGACGGCAGUGGACAGUUUGGUUGCGUACUCCGUGAAAAUCGAAACUAACGAAAAAGAAUUGGCAUCUGUGAAAGACUCUCUCGAAGACCUAAGGCAAAGUUCGGAUAAAUUGUUAGUUAAAUUAGAACAAAUCCAGGAGAAAGUAUAACUGCACUAAUUUUGUAGUGAAUAAAAAUGUAGGGUUUUUUUUUCAAACUUUGGAACUCAUUUGUUUGCAUUAAAAUAUUUUUUCUUUUUUCUGUAA